UUUCCUUGCGUCCAAUUAUUUCUACAACAACCACCAAAGCCAUGUCGUCCAACCUUGUUCCGCCCGAUGAUCGCUUUCGCGAGUACUUUCGAGAAUACCGUGCCAAAAAGACGGUCAAUACGAUUCCCUACUCGGGCAGUAUGCCCCAAAGUGCUCCCGAUACGGUUCCCGUCGGGAAUUUCAACAGCAAAAAAGUGACCGUCGUUGGCAUGGGACAAGUCGGUCUGGGCUGCGUGACAGCCAUUCUCAAUCAAGAUAUUUGCGGGACCAUUGCCAUGGUAGAUAUCGCCACCAAGAAACUCGAAGGAGAAGCCAAGGAUUUCCAACAGGGUGGAGGAUUCCAUCAAACCACCACCAUUUUGGCAUCCGACAAGUACGAUGUUUCUGCCAAUUCCGAUUUGGUCGUCAUUACCGCCGGUGUGGCCCAAAAACCCGGAGAAUCCCGUCUCAGUUUGGUAGAACGAAAUGCCAAGAUUAUGAAAAUGAUCAUGCCCGAAGUACUCAAGUACAGUCCCAAUGCCACUAUUUUGAUCGUCAGUAAUCCUUGUGAUAUCAUGACGGCCAUUGCGGCCAAGAUUGCCGGACCCGACUAUCCGCAGGGAAAAGUUUUUGGUGCGGGAACCAACCUCGACUCGUCGCGAUUCCAAAUGCUCAUGGCAUCCUCCAUGGAUUUGGACCCACGCAAUGUCCACGGAUACAUUAUUGGUGAGCACGGAGAUUCUUCCAUCCCUGUAUGGUCUUCGGUCCGUGUCGGUGCUCUCCCUUUGUUGGACCCUGGCCAGGAACCCGAUGAUACACUCAAGGCCAUUCACAAGGCGGUUGUGGACUCGGCCUAUGAUGUCAUUAACCUCAAGGGAUACACCAACUGGGCCAUUGGCAUGUCCACGGCGUAUUUGGCCAAAGCCGUCCUCAAUGACACUCGUACCAUCGUCCCUGUCUCUACCUGUGUCCGUGGGCUUUACGGUGUCGAAGACGAUGUCUUCCUCUCGGUUCCCUGCAGUCUCUCCAGCAAUGGAGUACAGCGUGUCGCUGUCUUGCCACUCACCAAGGACGAAGAGGCCAUCUUCCAAAAGUGUGCCAAGGGUAUCUGGGAGGUCCAAGAGCCCAUUUGGGCUACCCUCUAG